GUGGCAUGGAAACAAACCUUUCGAUGACCCGUCACGACGAUAAUGCGUCGAACGGCUCCGACUCGUCGGAUUCUGAUGAUGACUUCUUGCGUCUUGCCCCUGAGGCGGCGAGACGAAAAGCUGGAUUGACCAAGGCUACGUCUCUUCGAGGAGGAGGUGAACCAUCGUCUAUCGCGGAACGCAACACAGCUUCAAUCGAGAAAGCUGCUCGAAAGACAACCUUUGUUGUGGCGGGACAGACUGCGGCCCAGCGACGUCUGGACGCAACAAAGGAGGCGCUUCAUGCCAAGGCGAGAAGUCUGGCGCUGAAUGCAACCCACCACACAAGGUCAAUUUUCGAUCUCCCUGCCCAUGGUGACUCCGACGUCAACUUGCCAGAACUUUCGUUUCAGUUUGCCCCCUCGCACGUGCAGGAACUGUAUGAGGAAGGGUACACCCAUGCCGCGCGAAAGCAUUGGAAGCCAGCCGUCGAAGCAUGGGAGAAGAUCGUCGUCAUGGAUGCUGCACAUCCCGGCAAAGCUGGCGCCGCGAUCCUCGACUGGCUCCUUCCCCUCCAUGCGCACAUGGCGAUUGCGUACAAAAAACUCGGCCUGCUUCGUCGAGCAUUGGUGUCGUACGGUCGCGUCCGUCAAGCCAUUGAAGCGGCCGUCGAUAUUCCAGAUGCGAAUCGUGUUGGUCAGGCGCUGACACCCUUGCCGAAUCGCCAUGAUUUUAUCGCCGACGCGUUACAUCAAAUGAGUAAAAUCUACCACGAGCUCGGCGACAUUGAAAGCGCACUUCACUGCACGGACAAGGCCAACGCGCUCCUUCUCGAGUUCCUUAGCGCAUGUUCGGACUCUCCUGAGGAAACUGAACGCAUUCGAACGCUCCAUCGCGACCGCCUGCUCGCAAAAAUGCUCAAGGACACAGCAUCUGGCGACUUUGGCCCUGUCGACGAUUUGCUGGCCACGUUGGAGAACUACGAGUCGAGUGACGUAACACUCGAGCACUUGGGACACUUCAUCGACCCGACGACCGGAGCGACGUUCGUCAUGGCUGCUGCCGGGUGCGGACACAUGCCGUUGCUCACUAAAUUGUGCAAGGAAGGUCUGCGGGCAAAGGCGCAUCUGGAAGUGCAAGACGCGUGCGGCAACACAGCGUUGUCGUGGGCCUGCAAGUUUGGCCAAGUACUGGCGAUCCAGUUCCUCCUCGACGAAGGUGCGUCCUUCCAGGCGCUGCACACAGACGAACUGAAGACGUGGCCGAAAUCGAGUUUGCAAGCGCUGCACGAACACAUUCAAGCACGCAAGCGCGAGAAGAAGGAGGUUACUCCAGCACCGCCAGCGCCGAAAACAGUAAAAGUGGUGCAUGUUCCGCUGCCACCACCAUUGCCGACCUCCCCUCCGCCUCAGAAGAAACCGUUAUAUCAACCGUUGGUGCCCGUGGUUACGGACAAAUCAACCAAGGGCGGUCCAACGGCACAGGGCAAGAGAACUUCGGCGGCCACACGUACUGCGAAUCCCGAUGCCUCAACAAAGCCAACGCCAGCACAGCCAUCGAGUAGGUUCAAUGCAGCCCCCCCGAGCGCCGCGGCGGCCAGCGGCGAGCUAAUCGGAAGAGCAUUACAAGCAUGGUGUCCUGAAUCUGAGGACGGCGACGACGGAUGCGCUUUGGAAAAUGAGUCGAGCAAAACUGGGUCCACCAAGAAGUGGGACCAGUUCGAAGCAAACCGCCGUCUCUUUGGGGUGGAGUCUGCGUUUGACGAAAACUUGUACACGACAGCACGUCCAUGUGGCACCGCCGACCAAGAAUUGGCGGCGGCGACGUUGGCGGCGGAAAUCGAAGGCAAACGAAGCGUGUUCAAACAUGUCAACGAAGAGCGCGGAGUGGACGAUGACGAAGACCAUGAUCCGGAAGCCAAGUAUGGCGCCGUGCUUGGUAGUGGCGCGUACGGACAACGGGCGGCCGAAAGCACCGACGGAUUCACUGAUCGCGGGGUUCUGUCGAAGCGUCACAAAUAAGUCGAAUACUGCGCCACGAUUGUGAUCUCUUUUUCUUAUGGGUUUUAUGAUCGCCACGUCGACCGGGGUAGCUGUGUCCUGUGAGAAGCCAGCAUUCUUUCCCUCUGCUCAAAGACUGUUCGUGCGAUGGACAGGGAAUGGAUUCUUGAAAGCCCUCGAAUGACGACCACAGAUACGAUUCAAGGUGGAUGAGCGUGCUGCCACCAAGUUCAUGAACCUGUCCAAGAACAAUCAAUCCACAUGACCUCCGUGCACAAGACUGACUUGU